CAUGCCGAAAAGUGGAAGCGAGAAACAAAUUAAAAUAUUGGUUAAGGCACUCGAAACAGAAUUGGAAUUUUCUAUCUCUCCCUCAACAAACGGUCAUCAAUUACUGUAUGAGAUCUCACAAGUUCUAGGCCUACACGAGAGGUGUUUUUUCGCUUUACAAUGCGCGGAUACAAGAAAUAAGCAGUCUUGGAUAAAACUGAAUCAAGCGAAAUAUUACUAUGAAGACGUGAAAGAUAAUAUUUUAAACGGUCUAUGGGAGUGUCCUUUAGAAAAUGCUUUAUUGUUAGCUUCAUUCGCGAUAAUAGAAAAAUAUGGCCCUUACAACGAAGCAAAGAAUUUCAACGAAAUUUUAAUAAAAGAAAACUACUUUCUCCCAAAAAGCUUCGAGGGCUAUCAUGCUAUAAUAUCUGAAGAAUGGCAGAGUAAAAUCUUGCAACUAUUUCAAGAUCAUAGUAAUAUUGAUAGUGACCAGGCACGCAUAGAGUAUUUAAAGGCUGCUCAAGAUUUACCUUCGUUCGGAAUGAGUUAUUACCAAAUAAAAAAUAAGAGAGGCUCGACUGUCUAUCUUGGUAUUGAUGCAGUUGGAAUAAGCGUAUUUGAAAUGCACGACAAGCUACAACAAACACUGAUAUUUUUUACCCAAACUGUGAAAAAGAGCAAUGAGAUAUUAUUAUUAUGUAUGGGUUAUCACGAACUCUAUAUGAGGAAGCGACGGGAAACAACGAAUGAGCCAGAAGAUGAAUUUACCGCUGUAGAGACAUGUUUACCAAAAACUCCGGAACACAAAGAAGAAUGCGAUAGAGAUAGUGAAAAAUCUAUUGAAGAGUGUAACCAGAGUGUUACCUCGGAUGAAGAGAGAGUUGAUAGUCAGCAAAAGGAUGUCGAAGAAGAAUAUUGUAAUAAUUCAAGUGUAGAGAUUAGUGAGAAAAGUGAGAAAAAUAUAAAAGAAAAUAACGAGCCUACGCCCUAUGAUAUAGAAGGAAAAGAAAAGACAGAAGAAACGGAGGAUAAUAAGUCGUCAAUUGACGCAAAAGAUUAUACAGUUGUUAUGAGACCAAAGAAACCUAAAACUAGCUUUGUACCUACACCUGAUGAGUACAUUAAUGAAGAUGUUUCAACUUGUUUAUGCGGUAUGGUAUUUUUAAUUGUUGAAGCGCAAUUGGAAACAAAUUCAAAUGCUCCAAGGCCAGAGGAAGAAAAGAAUCCAUUUGUUGAUGAGCACAGGGUCGUAUAUAAGAAACUUAUACAACUAUUCGAAGAGCUAUCCAAAAAGCCCGAUUCAAUAGAAACCUGGUCUGCUGUUAAUAAGUAUAAGACAUUGAAAGAAAUUCGAAGAGGUUAUACAAAGGAAAGGAUAGCCAUAUUCGAGGGCAUGUGA